AUGGAGGUGCGGUGCGGGGGGCUGCUCUUCAGCUCCCGCUUCGACUCAGGGAACCUGGCGCGGGUGGAGCUGGUGCAGCCGCCGGCGGGGGCGGCGGCCGGGACCCGGGCUGCCGCGCUGCCCCCCGCCGACUAUGAGUUCAAUGUCUGGACGCGGCCCGACUGCGCCCAGACCGAGUAUGAGAACGGCAACAGGUCCUGGUUCUACUUCAGUGUCCAGGGGGGGGCCCCAGGGAAGCUGAUCAAGCUGCACAUCGUGAACAUGAACAAGCAGAGCCGGCUGUACUCCCAGGGCAUGGCCCCCUUCGUCCGCACCCUGCCCGUGCGGCCCCGCUGGGAGCGCAUCCGGGAGCGGCCCAGCUUCGAGAUGGUGGAGACACAGUUCGUGCUGUCCUUCGUCCACCGGUUCCUGGAGCACCGUGGGACCACCACCUACUUUGCCUUCUGCUACCCCUUCUCCUACACUGACUGCCAGGAGAUGCUGGCACAGCUGGACAGCCGCUUCCAGGAGUGCCAGCACAUGUCCCCUAGCAGCCCCCUCGACUCCGUCUAUUACCACCGGGAGCUGCUCUGCCAUUCCCUGGAUAAGCUGCGAGUGGACCUUCUUACCAUCACCUCUUGCCACGGCAUGCUGGAGAAGCGGGAACCCCGCCUGGACAAGCUCUUCCCGGACACCAGCACUCCACGGCCGCACCACUUCACCGGGAAGAGGGUGUUCUUCCUGAGCAGCAGGGUCCACCCUGGAGAAACACCCUCCAGCUUUGUCUUCAAUGGCUUCCUGAACUUCAUCCUGCGGGAGGAGGACCCCCGCGCCCAGAUGCUGCGGCGCAUGUUCGUCUUCAAGCUGGUUCCCAUGCUGAACCCUGACGGGGUGGUGCGGGGCCACUACCGAACUGACUCCCGUGGGGUGAACCUGAACCGGCAGUACCUGGACCCCGAUGCUGAGCUGCACCCUGCAGUCUAUGGUGCCAAGGCCGUGCUCCUCUACCACCACAUCCACAGCCGCAUCCUGCCAGGCUCUCCUGACUGGAGGACCUUUGUCUCCCCACUCAGUCCUAGCUCAUUAAGCACAAAAUCCUCCAAUUCCCCCCUCAGCAGCAGUGCCCCACCCCCGGACCCAGCCCUCUCGGAGCUGGAGAAAGCCAAGAACCUCCAGAACACCUGUGCCUGGCACACCAGCACAGCCCGUGGCACUGCUGAGGACAACCCGCUGCCAGCAGAACCUGUCACCCAGCCAAGCAGGGACCCAGCACUCUGGAUCCUGCCCUCCAGCCACCCCCCAGAGCCCUGCGAGGAGCGGGGUGGGGGGCCUCCAGCAGCCCCCACCCCUGAAAGCAUCCCACCCCAGGACAGUGGGCUGGCCUACUACGUGGAUCUGCACGGCCAUGCCUCUAAGCGCGGCUGCUUCAUGUACGGCAACAGUUUCAGCGACGAAAACGACCAGGUGGAGAACAUGCUGUUCCCCAAACUCAUCUCCUUGAACUCACCUCACUUCGACUUCACGGGCUGCAACUUUUCAGAGAAGAACAUGUAUGCCCGGGACCGGCGGGAUGGGCAGUCCAAGGAGGGCAGCGGGCGUGUGGCCAUCUACAAAGCCCUGGGCAUCAUCCACAGCUACACCUUGGAGUGCAACUACAACACGGGGCGGGCAGUGAACAGCAUCCCGGUGGCCUGCCACGACCAUGGCCGGGCCAGCCCUCCGCCCCCACCUGCCCUCCCUGCCCGGUACACUGUGGAGCUCUUCGAGCAGGUGGGCAGAGCCUUGGCCGUGGCAGCGCUGGACAUGGCCGAGUGCAAUCCCUGGCCCCGGAUCGUCCUUUCAGAGCACAGCUCCCUCGGGAACCUGCGCGCCUGGAUGCUGCGGCACGUGCGCGGGAUGAGGGGCGCGGGCGGGGGCCCGCGGCGGAGAGGAGGUGCCAGGACCCCCCCCAGGAGCUCCACUGGGCUCCCAGCCUCGGCCUCUGACGACACCCUGUGCCGCACCAAGAGCUUCAGCAGUGGCGCCAGCGGGAGCAGCCAGGACUGGCCACAGGUUGGAGCCUCCCCCAGUGCUGCUGGUGGCCGCGGCCACCCCCCAGGCCUGGCCCCAGGGAGCCAGAGCACCGGCCAGGGCAGAGGGACCCUCCUGGCGGGCACCCGGGCAGCGCCGAGCACCGGCACUGGCCACAGAGCACAGGAGGCCCGGCACGGCACAGGAGAGCUGGCAGCUGCCCAUGGCACAGCCCCGCUGCAGGUGCUGCCAAAGAAGUUGGAUGCCAGGAGAGCCCCAGAACAUCCCAGAGCUCUGCCAGGAGAUCCUUGUGCCCCCCGGGGGGGCACUGAGCACCGAGGGACACGUCCUGCACCCCCAGCGCCCAGCCACCGGCACCCCCUCGCUCCGCUCCUUCCAGCAGCUCCUCUGCUCCUGCGCUGAGGCCUGACCGCAGCUGCCAGCACCGGCCCCACACUGUGCCGGGGGCCCCCCCGUAGUCCCCCCAGACCAAAGCUGCCCCAUUGCAGAGCCCUGCGGUACGGGGGGGGGUCUGCACCUGCUCAGCCACCAAGACAGUGAGCACCGCGCCAGUGCCCGCUGCAGCCGCCACCACCCGCGGUACUGUGGCUCAGCGUGGCUGCUGGCAACGCCCACUCCUCCCCGCGGGA